UGGAAGGACCGCCAAACAUCGCCAUUGCAGUGCCUACGCUCCUUCUCUCUUCCUCGCUCCCCUCCCGCUUUUCAGAGGAUGAGGAGGGGACGGUCACUUCUGCUCCUCACCCAAGCGGAGGACAGCUGCAGUCCUCGGUGGGAAGAAGGAGGGCCCAGACAGGCUCCAGGGCGACAGUUCUGUGGGGUGGAGACUGGCUUUGGCGGAGCCUCAAGCCCGUUUUUUUUGAAAGCGAAAGUGUCGUGGGCGCGCAGAGGCGUCUGAAAGGGCUUGCGCGACUGCGUGGGCGAAGAGGGCAAAAGGAGACCGAGGAGGGGGAAGGGAGAGGCCGGCGGUCUCUGUAGCCGUCUCUCCGAACGGAGGGGAGGAAGAGCAGUGGGAGCGUGAGUGUGGGUGGAUGGUUGGGUGGGGGGUGUUUUCCGUUCCUCCACCACUGUUGUUUAACGUGAGGGACCGGGGAUCCUGGAAACUGGCGAGGUGAUGUGUUUCGGGCGGGGGACGGCGGCGGCGUUCCUGCUGCUGCCGCCGUCUCUGGAACCGCUGGAGAAGGAAGACGAGGAAGAGGCGGCGGCGGCGGGGGCUGGGGCUGGGAUCAAGGAUAGCUGCUGCCCGGCGGGCCCGGGCUCGGCGGCGACGGAUGCCGCGGAGGGACGUGCGGCUGCCCGGUGUAGCUGCUCUUUUCUGGAAGAGGGCUGCCUUCGGAAAGACGGUGGGGACCGGCGACCGCGGAGGCCGAACCACAGAGGCGGCGACGAUCUGGAGAAGCCACGGCAGCCCUGAAAUGUAUUCCCCUUUCCCUCUCCGUCAGCGGCCAUGUUAACCACCAGGAAACCGUCUGCCAGUGUCGCUGGGGCUAGUGCCGGAGGGGCUGCCUCGGCCGCCGCUUGCCCAGCUGGGAGCAGGGGAGGAGGAGAAAGUAGCCGCCAGUUCCAGUCUUCCCCGAGGAUCGGGGCUGGACGGAUUUCCCGGACGGGCGCUGGGACCAGACCGCCAUCCCCGAUCGCUUUGCCGCCGCUGAAGUCCAGCAGCGCAGCCCACACGGUUGGUGGAAAUAAGCAAACCAUGAAUGAGCAUCUACAUGUUACCAGUCAUGGGCAGAUCCAACAGCUCUUUGAAGAUAAUAGUAACAAAAGGACAGUUCUAUCCACACAACCAAAUGGGCUUGCAACAUUAGCAAAAUCAGGACUGCCAGUGGUACAAGAUAGGCAGCUCGAGAGCUGUCAUAGGCGUCAGGGGAGCUCCAACUCCUUGAAAUCUACCGAAGGCCCAGGAAAGAUAAAAGCUACUCCCAUGACUCCUGAGCAAGCAAUGAAGCAAUACCUGCAAAAACUAACAGCCUUUGAGCAUCAUGAGAUCUUCAGCUACCCUGAAAUAUAUUUCUUGGGUCCAAAUGCAAAGAAAAGGCAAGGUGUCAUUAGUGGUCCAAACAAUUGUGGAUAUGAUGACGACCAGGGAUCUUAUGUGCAAAUACCCCAUGAUCAUAUAGCAUACAGAUAUGAAGUUCUUAAAGUUAUAGGAAAAGGGAGUUUUGGACAAGUGGUAAAGGCAUAUGAUCACAAGAUGCAUCAACAUGUUGCUCUGAAGAUGGUGAGAAAUGAGAAGCGUUUUCACCGCCAAGCUGCAGAAGAGAUUAAAAUUCUGGAGCACCUUAAAAAACAGGAUAAAGAUAAUAACAUGAAUGUUAUACACAUGCUGGAGAACUUCACAUUCCGCAACCAUAUAUGUAUGACAUUUGAGUUGCUGAGCAUGAACCUUUAUGAGCUCAUUAAGAAAAAUAAAUUUCAGGGCUUUAGCCUGCCUUUGGUUCGUAAAUUUGCCCACUCCAUUUUGCAGUGCUUGGAUGCUUUGCACAAAAACAGAAUAAUUCACUGUGACCUUAAACCAGAAAACAUUCUGUUAAAACAACAGGGUAGGAGUGGUAUUAAAGUGAUUGAUUUUGGCUCUAGCUGUUAUGAGCACCAGCGUGUCUAUACAUAUAUCCAAUCACGUUUUUACCGUGCUCCUGAAGUCAUCCUUGGUGCUCGAUAUGGGAUGCCAAUAGACAUGUGGAGCCUGGGCUGCAUUCUUGCUGAACUCUUAACAGGAUAUCCUCUCUUACCAGGAGAAGAUGAAGGAGAUCAGCUGGCUUGUAUGAUAGAACUCUUGGGCAUGCCUUCCCAGAAACUACUGGAUUCAUCAAAAAGAGCAAAAAACUUUGUGAGCUCCAAGGGUUACCCCCGAUAUUGUUCCAUUACUACCUUGUCAGAUGGUUCUGUUGUGCUUAAUGGUGGACGUUCCAGGCGGGGCAAAGCGCGUGGCCCCCCAGAGAGCAGAGAAUGGGGGAGUGCAUUGAAAGGAUGUGAUGAUCCACUCUUCCUUGACUUCUUGAAACAGUGUUUAGAGUGGGAUCCAAUGCUGCGUAUGACACCCAGUCAGGCUUUGCGGCAUCCUUGGCUCAGGAGGCGUUUGCCAAAGCCGCCAACUGGGGAGAAGACUUCAGCAAAAAGAAUAACAGAAAGCACUGGUGCUAUCACAUCCAUUUCCAAGUUACCUCCAACUUCAAACUCAGCUUCAAAACUGAGGACUAAUCUGGCACAGAUGACGGACGCCAAUGGGAAUAUUCAGCAGAGAACAGUGUUGCCAAAGCUUGUGAGCUGAGGUUUGAAUAAUCUAAUGCUGAUUAAAAAGAGAGAGAGAGAGAGAGAGAGAGAAAGAGAGAGCAAUUAUGUCACUGAGCCUUAUUCACAUGAAAAAGAAGCUCAGAUUUCUAUUUUUAUUUGAUCAAUACCUUUAAACAUUUGUAUUUUUUCAUUGAUUAUUUUAAAUGUGUUAAGCACGGUUUUGAUUUUAUAAAAAAACAACAUGGGGACAAUGCUUUAAGUUUUUACACUUUUUUAAAUGAAAUGUUUCUCUUGUAAACAGCAAUUAGCCUUACCAUGGAAUUAGUAUGGCACAACGAAGUGUCAGUGGCAGGCCACUGGUUACUAUCUAAGCUUGAUAUUUUUAGCUAGGUGAGGAAAAGAAGAGUAAAUUCCUUUUCCUCAACAUGACUUUUCUUAGGAGUGAAUUUUAAUACUUAUCAUUGCUUUUGUUAUAGCAGUAGGUUCCAUUCCUAUAAACAUUUAUUCAUAUUUUCAUGCAAUGAUCUAGAAAAUAUUCAGGGCUAUAAGUGAGGUUUUGCAUGGCUGUUUGAGGUUCUGCCUGUAGUUUGGAUUAUUUACAGAAUGCCACAUAAAAAUAGUUAAAAUAUUCUAAUGGAGCAUCCACAAAGGGCUUACUUCAUGCUCAUAAUGCUCCUUUAACAAUUCUCUGUCAAAUAUCCAGGAAGAAAUACUGAAAUUUGAUGCAAGGUUUCUGAAGAUGCAAUAAUUACAUUUAAAAGACCUGAACUUAUUCCACUAUUUGGCUAAUGUAAAAGUAAACAUUUAUAGCAUGAAAUUGUGCUAUUUGGCAUAUUUAUGAACCUCAGAGAACAGUCCUGAUUCUGUUCAUUUGGAAGUAAUUUCCACUCCUUUAAUGGAAUUUGUAAAAAUAAUAAAGGUGGGAUAAAAAUAAAUUUUAAAAAAUAGAGGUCAAGAGUUUAAAUACUUUAGACUGCAACUCACUCAGCUGUUCCCCUGAAUUAGACUUAUUCCUGAACAGGCAAGCACAAAAACCCUGGCCGAGUAUUUGAGUCACAAUUGGCACCAUAGAUGAAAGAGAGCAGCCAUACUGAAGAGGACAAAUAAGAAGAAUAGGAGGACAUUUCUUGCAUUUCUGUUUCUAAGAAGGCUUAUUGGGAAGAGCUAAUAAGUUCUUCUGAAGAAAACAGUAACACAUUCUUAAGUACUGCCAGGAACAUUGGGAUGUUCAGAAUAAAUUAUGUCAGAAUAUAGCAGCCAAUGUGAUUCUGGGUAGCCACAAAGCAUCAAGGUAUAUGAAAAGUCAAACUUAGAGGGAGAUAUGUUUAUCUAGCCCCCAGUCCCUCAAAAAUUUUGCCUUGCCUUCUCCUUCCCCUGCAUGGAUGACCCGAUCACAAGCUAGGCACAGUAUUUUAAUUCCCUGUACAUUUUUGUUUUACAAAAGAAAAAAAAUCUAUGGGGCUAUAAAAACUGAGAGACAUUCUUAUAAAUUCUGAUAAGUCUAAAAAACGCCACUUUGCAGCAUGCUAGUUUCAUUCAUAUAUACAUCUACAUAUGUGUUUGUGUGUGUAUAUGAACACACACAUCUACACACAUGCACACAUUUUGGAAAAUAUAAUUAGGGGAGACACAGAACUUCUGGGCAUCAAAGAAGGAAUCUGGGCAUGUUGAUGACUUAUAGGCACCACCCAGCUUGCUCUUGCUCUAGCUGUAGGAAUGAUACAUAAUGUCUGCAGCAGCCUUGUGAUUCUCAAGCUAUUCCCUUUGGAGGUGUCAGUGGUCAUGCAGGCUAAGAACUGUAGGAGCUGUAGGUCAGAGUAUCCCGAGGGCUUAGCCUGGGCAUAUGAUCUAUCUUUUAUCCAAAAUUACUAUCCAUUCACUUACACGUACGCAUUAAUAUAACAUGAAUGCAUAAAACCUUGUCGUUAAUUUCACUCAUUCCAACACUGAAAAUGUAUCAUAGGAACAACUUCAAUGUUUCUCAAACUUCCCAAAGUCAACAAUAGGAAAACCAAAAGCAAAGCAUUGUGAGCUUUGCCUCCUACAUUGCUGAGAAUUAGACUGUACUGGGGAAAUAAAGUCAGACAGUUUUUAAAUGUGAUUCCAAGCCAACUGUCAAGGUAACCAGCUUGAUAGCCAAGUAGCAUUGCUACUCUUCUGCUUUUUUCCAGCUGUUUGAUCUGCUGAUACAAGCAACAAAGCUCCUUUGACAAAAGCUUUCUUUCCCCUCCCACUAUAUAACUGCAAGCCUCAAAAUUAAAUGAAGCAGUUCCUUUCUUAAGGCUAUGAAUACUGAGCUGCAUCAAAUAAAGAACAAGGUUGAUUAGUUACUGUAAACUAAAAUCUUAUGCUUACCUAUAUCUAUGUUUCAUUUUAUCCUGUUCCAUACUUAAAAUGGAAGUUCAGAUAUGAAGGGAUGGAGAGGCAACAUUGAUUUUGCUUCAGAAGCAAUGUAAACCAACUGGAUUAUUUCUUGCCAACACUCAACUAACAUACCAUGUUUUGGCCUGUGUUCAUUAUAUUCUUCACCUACAGCAAUAAUCCUGGACUUGUCUUACAACUAAUACAGUCCAAUUAUUGCGUUCUGUCUUUGUAUGUUCCCAGAAUUCAUACAUUUUCACCAUGAAAACAAAAAACAUUUUCCCACAAACCUAUUUCAAAUGGAAAGUGAGGAAAGGACGGAGAGAAUGCUGGUCAAAAAUUUUAAAUGAUUUUCAUAUCCAAAAUCAAGCGGUUGGACGUUAAAAAUGCAAAAGCAUAACAUUCAUAUUUUGUUCUUCCUUCCUUUCUACCAUUUGCAAUUGAAACUAUUCUGUUGCCUUUAUUUUUGGAAUAUUAUCAGGAGCAAAGCUGUCUCCUUUGUGCAAGAUUCCAUACUCUGAGAAAAUGGGACAAGUUCCUUCCAAUGUGUACAGUGGUGUUUAAAUCUCCAUGUAUAUAGUAUCAUUAUUACUUCAACACUUAGUGUUUUAUUACUGGAAACACCCAUUCCAUCUCAUUGUUUCCUGUAAAAUUGUAUUAUGUAGCUAUGUCAUCAGAAUCUGGACUUUUUUAAUUGCUUAAUGAAGAUGAUACAUGAGAGAUUCAUUAAUGAAAAUGCCUCUGUUUUCUUAAAAUUAUUCCUUCAGUCUUUUCGAAGUUUCUAACUGCUGAGAGGUAAAAAAAAGAUUUUAUGUCUUUAUGUUUCUAGAGCAAAUGAAGAAGUGAAAGAACCUUAAAAAUGAAAUGAAAGUAAUUUCUAAUUUACAUAUUUACUCUAUUUAAGAGGUCUGCAUGGAGAGAAAAUCAAAGUACAAUUUGCAAUGCCAAGAUGUUCUUUAUAUUCUAUUAAUAUUAGUAUAGAUAAUAUUAAUAUUAGAGUUUAUAUAGAGCAAGAUACAGGCUUUCAUGGGCAACCUUGGGUUAUGAGUAGAACAUCAAAGGCCACAUUCCAAAAUGUCUCAGACAAGAAAAAUAAAUGAAUAUACUAGAUGUAUAAAACUACUAAUAUCAACUAGAUCUACUCCCUCUGUUUUUAUUAAAUUAAUUUAUUUAAUUCAGUAUUAAAAUGCCCAAUUUCACAAUUAAAGUAUAUACAUUGAUUCUAAAGUAUAGAAAUAAAUUCUUGUUGAAUGCAUUCUUUUCAUAUAAUCACUGAUGCACACCUUCAUAUGUACAGUACAACUACAUAUGCAUCCUGAGCAAAAGGAUUUUCUCAGGCUGCCUAGCAAACUCUUUGUAGAUUUCUACUUUCUCAUAGUGGAGCAUUGGAGACUUUCAAAUGGAAUCAUCUUAAUAGAAAAUUAUAAGGGGAAUGGGAAUCUUAACCCAAUCGGUUGCCCAAUAAUCCAGGAGUCUUAUGGAAUAUGAAUUUUACAAGUGGCAGAUAGAGCUGAAAUUGUCCUUUGUUGGGCUGAAGUAGAUUUAUAAUCCUUUAUACUGGUGGAUGCUCUGUUUCCAAAGUCAAACCAUUAAGAAAGAAGUGAGAUGGAUGAAGACAGGUAUGAAGGAAUAAAAGAAACCCAUAGCCUUCUUACCCCAUCUUUUUUUUUAGCCAUUACCUAUUUACUAAUUAAAAAAUUAAAAACAGGAAAACACAUCCAGUGCUAACAUUGAAUAAAUAAAAGAAAUGGGAGAUGAGAAGGAGGGUGGUAUGUCAGUGACAGUUUGCAGAAUCACUGAGAGUACACCAAUAGUCUUCAGAAUGUGAAAUCUCACCAUUUCUGCUGUCCAAGAACUAGGAUGAUUUAUUACUGGCUCAGCUGUGGUAUAUGAUUAAUCACAAAAAAGCUGGUCUUUUCACUUGAAGCACAGCAACUCUGCAGAAUUUGUGAGUGGUCCAUUCUAGCGGUGGGAACUCUUCCCUCACUCCCGACUAUUCCUCUCCUUCCCCAGGUUUUGACCAGCGUAACAUUUUUCUUAACAAUUCAAUAUGGGGGAAAUGACUACCAGAUUGUGAUUUCCAGGUUGGGAGGAAUAACUAUGAUUCAGAAAAUAUGUCCUUUUCAAUAUAGUUUUUCAAAAGAAACAAAUGUUGCUAAAAUGGAUGUUACAUUUAGAUUUGAAGAGGGUUGAAAGGACUGUCGAUGCUAGCAUAAUGACAACUUUCAUUAAGAGUGCUAAAAACUUCAGUAAAACUUUAUAAUUUGUUAUUAUGCACAAAUCUUAUUAUAAUACUGGUAAUUGUAAAAAUGUUUAAGUACUUAAAGCAUGUUCCCCAGGGAGUCAAAAAGUUUCCGGUCAGUUUAUCUUCUUUUUAUGCAGAUUUUUCAUUCAAAACAAAGAAACAGAAGCAACAUAUUUUGUCUAGCUUUUAUGUUUUGAAAUUGGCAUAAAUGAAAAAUGAAGAAUUCUCAGGAAAUAAACAAAAACCUGUUUGCCAAAAAUAUAUCCUAUUGGGGGAAGGAAAACCUAAAGAGGCCCUUUUCUCACUAUUAGUAAUUUUGGCUAGAAAAGUCUAUUUAAUCAUCUUUAACAACUUCCAUAAUCACCUAACAUUUGAUCUCCCUUUUGUGUAAAUGCAGCUUCUAUAGUGUGUGGCUAUGCAAUGUGUGUAUAUUAGUAAAAGUGAAAUAGGAUCAUUUAUGAUCUAUCAUAGAAUUCAUUGUAAUCUGUGGCUCUAAUAGUAAACUCAACUGACCCAUAAAAGCUGAGAUUGAGUUCUUACAUUUGUACUUUCCCAUUUACUUAAAAGCUAAGGCAGUUUCCACAUGAAAAUGUUAUACAUAGAAAACUGCAUCCUGAAAUUAAUGAAGAGAUUUCUACUCUGAUGAGGGUUUCAUCAGCAUAGGAAUACAUCUCUGUAAGAUGGUAAAGCUCUAUUUUUCUCCCAAUAAUUGGAAAAAACCUCAAUCACUGGGCUAAAUAAAUGGUUGUAUCUAUUACAUUUGUACUUGAAUUUGAAGAUGUUAACAGAUUUCAUAGAAAUUGUUCAUAAUUUUCAUGAGUCACUCAUGAGUUGAAUCCACCAGUUUAAUCUCUUACAAAUAAAUGAGAUUUAGAAUGCCAAUAUUGCAUUUAUGAUUGACCAUGUUCACAGUUCUACCGGAAACUUUUUGGCCACAAUAACCAGGUGCAGAAUCAUUUCGGAAAAAAAGUUUAACCAACUAGAGACUGCCAUUUUCAAUGACUUACAUGAUUCUUUUGUACCGUUAUUUUUAACUGGGGAAACGAAGUGAAGUAGGAAGAAGUUAAAAGUUGCGUUGACAUGAUUUUGUUUCUAAGGGAUUUAAUUUGGAUGCAUUGGUUAGAAAUUUUGUUCAGUGUAAAAUGUUACAAUUGUCUGGAAAUUCUGAGCAUCUUUGUCAAUUUAUUAAUGAUACAGACAUCGUGUCUUGGCUGCAGUCUUAUUUUACUCAGUUCUUGCACCAUGAGAAGGUUGAAUAAUUUGCAUUGUCAAUGUGUUGGAAUAAUCAGGGGGCAACAGUUGUGCAAAAGAACCAUGAAGGAUAAAGUUGUGUCCUUGAUAUUAACAAUGUGCCUUUUGUUAUAAACAAUGCCAUGUGAUGGAACAUGCAACUUUGUCUCUUUAACCCUCUGAAUACUGUACUAUGUAGUAUGAUUGAAAUAUAUUUUUGAAGUACUACCCUUCUUUUUAAUAUGCCUCUAUGAGCAUAAUUCACUAGAAACCUCCUCUGAGAACACCAUGAUAAAUUAAUGAUUGCUUUUGAAGACCACUUGGGUUUUCUAACUACCCAGCAUAUGAACUGGACAGAAAUUGGAUAGGUUUCUGGUUCAUUUUGCCUGCUAUUUUCAAGGCCUUAAUGUAUAUCAUAAGGCAAUCAUACUACUUAGUAGGGAACAGAAUUCUCUGUUGCAAGGAUUUUCAUUUUUAUUCAAGGGUUAAAUAGGGUGUUACAUAUUACUUAGCUAAAAUCAUAAGAUCUGAUUAAUUUUUUUAAAAACAAUAUUGUGUUGGCUGUUAUAACAGCACUAGACAGAGUCAACUGUAUUUAUAUAAAGGGAAAAUUACCUCAAACUGUUUAAUUUUAUAGUGAGAAUUAAUCCCAGGGCAUUUGGUAUGAACCAAAGUGCAUUCCUUUUUCUAUAUGUCUGGCUUCAGUAAAUGUGGCCAGGGAUUUUUACAACUUGGGUGCAAGGCAUUUAAUGCCACUUUUACCUUGUGGUUAGUCAGGGAGUCAGAAAGGACUCCUUAAAAAAUUUUUUAAACUAUUAUUUUUUAAAAGCACUUCGUGGAAUGAUUCUUGGGGGAAACCAGAAGUAGGUACCAUGAAAAUCCAUGGGGACUGGACAGUGACAGAGCUCAAGGAAUUAUGUCUACUCAAGUAGCAACGAACUGGAUUAUUCGACUCCUUAAAUACAUGUCAGAAUUCUUUGAAUCCAUCUAUUUUUCCUAAGAAUUUUUUCCCCAAACAGAAGUAGCUGUUAAACAUUGUCAGAAAAAAAGGUUUAGGGUGAUGAAAAUCGAGCAUUAUCAACUGGAUAAGCUAUGAGUAAGAUUUUUAAAAAUAUUUGUGAAUGGUAUUGUUUCUAGGGAUAUUUACAUCUGUGCUACAAAAUAUGAAAAAGAUGUAUUCACAGCUCAAUAGCUGCUUUCUUUCCACUGUCUUUAAAAUGAGCAACAACUUAGACAUGUGACUGGUAUGCUGCAACUCUUGUGUACUGAAAACAUGUGAAAAAUGAUUGAAUGUGUAUUGUGUAUAUAUGUAUGUAAAUUUUUUAUGUGAGAUGCUGCUGCUGUCACAGCCACUUCACAUUAAAUAUGUUGUAGGAUUUUUUAAAUUCAAAUUCUUGUGGCCAGUUUUAUGAUACUUCUGUAUUGUAUUGCUGAUGACAGGAGUUAAGACUGUUUUAGUGAAUAUUUGUUACAUUCAUUGUUGUGGCCAGAGAUCAUUUCAGAAUAAAAUUUUUAUGUCCUA